UCAGCAACGCGAGGGGGCGAGUUUUGUCCCUCCGCGGACCCCGUUUCUCUACUAGCUCGCCACCAUUCAGCCGGUUUCCUUUUUCCGGCGCUCCGGGUGCGAGAAGCCAGAUCGGGCCGCUUCGGCUGCUGGCUUCCACUGUGACUCUAAGCUCUCACCUGAAGACCGCCACCACCCGCGACCCCCCGACAAGGAACGUUACCCCGCCAGGCAGCGUGGGCGCCAUGAACAACGCGGGACUGAAUUCGGAGAAGGUAUCCGCUCUGAUUCAGAAACUAAAUUCUGACCCUCAGUUCGUACUUGCCCAGAAUGUCGGGACCACCCACGACCUGCUGGACAUCUGUCUGAAGAGGGCCACGGUCCAGGGUGCUCAGCAUGUGUUCCAGCACGUUGUGCCUCAGGAAGGCAAGCCGGUCACCAACCAGAAGAGCUCCGGACGAUGCUGGAUCUUUUCUUGUCUGAAUGUUAUGAGACUUCCAUUCAUGAAAAAAUUUAAUAUUGAAGAAUUUGAGUUUAGUCAGUCUUAUGUAUUUUUCUGGGACAAGGUUGAACGCUGUUAUUUCUUCUUGAAUGCUUUUGUGGACACAGCCCAGAAAAAGGAGCCUGAAGAUGGAAGACUGGUGCAGUAUUUGCUUAUGAACCCUACAAAUGAUGGUGGUCAGUGGGAUAUGCUUGUUAAUGUUAUUGAAAAAUAUGGUGUUGUUCCUAAGAAAUGCUUCCCUGAAUCUCAUACAACAGAAGCAAGCAGAAGAAUGAAUGAUAUCCUGAAUCACAAGAUGAGAGAAUUCUGUAUACGACUGCGGAACCUGGUCCACAGUGGAGCAACCAAAGGAGAGAUUUCAGCUACGCAGGAUGCCAUGAUGGAGGAGAUAUUCCGAGUGGUGUGUAUCUGUUUGGGUAAUCCACCAGAAACAUUCACCUGGGAGUAUCGCGACAAGGAUAAAAAUUAUCACAAGAUUGGCCCCAUAACGCCAUUGCAGUUUUACAAGGAGCAUGUCAAGCCAGUCUUCAAUAUGGAAAAUAAGAUUUGUUUCGUAAAUGACCCGCGGCCCCAGCACAAAUACAACAAACUGUACACAGUAGAUUACUUAAGCAAUAUGGUUGGAGGAAGAAAAACGCUGUACAACAAUCAGCCCAUUGACCUCUUGAAAAAGAUGGUUGCUGCCUCUAUCAAAGAUGGAGAGGCUGUGUGGUUUGGCUGUGAUGUUGGAAAACAUUUCAAUGGCAAGCUGGGCCUCAGUGACAUGAAUAUCUAUGACCACGAGUUAGUGUUUGGCGUCUCCAUGAAGAACAUGAAUAAAGCGGAGCGGUUGUCUUUUGGUGAGUCGCUUAUGACCCACGCCAUGACCUUCACUGCUGUCUCAGAGAAGGAUGGUCAGGAAGGUGAAUUUGUGAAAUGGAGAGUGGAGAACUCCUGGGGUGAAGACCAUGGCCAUAAAGGUUACCUGUGCAUGACCGAUGAAUGGUUCUCCGAGUAUGUCUACGAGGUGGUGGUGGACAGGAAGCACGUCCCUGAAGAUGUGCUGGCCGUGUUAGAGCAGGAGCCCAUUGUCCUGCCAGCAUGGGACCCCAUGGGGGCUUUGGCUGAGUGAUGUUGCCUCCAGCUCUUUCCUCCUCCCAUGGGACCGGAUGUAGCUGCCAAGGACAGAUCCAGGGACUGAAGCCAAAGUCACAUGGAUGGCUGUUUGCUUCCACAGGACACAGUCAGACUCUGGGACUUCCAGUCUCCUCCAGGAACCUCUUUGGGAAAGUGUGCUUUAUGCUAAAACAAAAUAUUCAUAAAGGAAAAAUAAAAGGGAAAGAUCAGGUCAUUCUAUCUACUCUCCUCAUCUCCAAUAGCUCAGGAUCUCUUAGCAUUGUAAUCUAAUGUAAUUGUCUGUCCUAACUGUCAAGAUGGUCUUCAGUGUCUGUUAUAAUAAGGCAGGGGACGGUGAGCAACUGAGGUGUAUGGAGAGAAAGCAGACCUCAUGCUCCUCGUUCCCAGCGUAGAGUGGGGGUGGGUUAGCUAAGAUUUGAGCUCAAACCUGCAUGCUGCCUCACCGAUCCCAGUCCUUCGUAGAUGGCAGUCACUGAACUCAACUUUCUCAAGGGAACUUCAUGUGCCUCUAAUAGCCCAAGAUGGAAGGUUGAUCAGGGAUGACAUGAUGCCUUCCUGGUUGGAACUUCAGGGCACAGCUGUGCUUGAGUAGAGGCUUAGGGAAGGUGGCCGAGAAAACAACCCAAACCUUAUCGUGGCUCAGUUCUAAUCAUCGGGGAAUGCUCUCACCACGUGGUUUCACUUCUCUCUGCAUUGGGGGUGGGUGGGCAGGAAAAGGUGACAUUAAUUCUUUCUGACAACUAGAUGGUGCUGAGAAGCUUUUGAAUAAAACACUUUGCUAAAUGAGAA